UGUUUCGGGUCGCGAUUUCUUGAGCAGAAGGAAAAGGGAAAAAAAGUCUUUAUGUACCUCACUGAGCUUCAGAACGUCUAACGCUUUCUUCUCUCUGCGAUCUCACAAAAAAAGCUUCGGAAAGCAAAGAACGAGUUUAAUGGAGUCGAAUCAAUCCAAACCCGGCCUGCUGUGCAAUCCUGAAGGCUCUCAGAGAACCCUGUACCCAUAUGUGACUGGUACAUCUGUUGUGGCUCUGAAGUACAAAGAUGGAAUCUUGAUGGCUGCUGAUAUGGGAGGUUCUUAUGGGUCUACCCUGCGAUAUAAGAGUGUGGAGCGAAUGAAGCCCGUUGGAAAGCAUUCUCUUCUUGGUGCAAGUGGAGAAAUAAGUGACUUUCAGGAGCUAUUACGUUAUCUUGAUGAACUCAUCCUAUACGACAACAUGUGGGAUGAUGGGAACUCUUUGGGACCGAAAGAGGUACACAACUAUCUGACUCGUGUGAUGUACAAUAGGCGUAACAAGUUCAAUCCACUGUGGAACUCUCUUGUCCUUGGUGGAGUAAAAAAGGGACAGAAGUAUCUUGGCAUGGUUAGCAUGAUAGGCGUGAAUUUCGAGGACAAUCAUGUAGCAACUGGGUUUGGAAAUCACCUUGCACGGCCUAUUCUUCGUGAUGAGUGGCAUGAGAACUUGACUUUCGAAGAAGGUGUAAAGCUGCUGGAGAAAUGCAUGCGUGUCCUUCUCUAUCGUGAUCGGUCUGCUGUGAACAAGCUUCAGAUAUCUAAGAUCACUGAAGAAGGCGUGACUAUCUCGCAGCCCUACUCUUUGAAGACUUUCUGGGGUUUCUCCGCUUUCGAAAAUCCAACACUGGGAGCUGAAGGAUCAUGGUAGCUGGAUAGCUACAUAUCUUCGGAACUUGAAACAACCAGCAUGGAGCCAAGUUGAAAUUUGUUGUGUUUCUACGGUUGGAACUGUGAACUUGUAACAUUGUUGACACCCGGGAAUGUAUUUCUUGGUGGCUGGUUGGUGUUGAGAAACAUGUUAGCGAUAAUACAUCGUUGGGUUUUCUUUAUGUUGGUGUUGCAGCAUCCAACAAGCAUGAACGUAUUGUAGUGAUAUUUAAAGCAUUGUGUGCUUAUUUUGAAUUAUUUGGGAAAAAUGUGGUUUGAAAUUCA